AUGUCAACACUGUCAAUGAUCUAUCAUCACAACAAACACAUGAAGAAUACACCUUAUGAUGUAGAACCAAAGUCACUACGCAUCACUGAUGAUAAGAUGUUCAAAGGUAUCAAGAAGCAGAUUGAAUGGUGCUUUGAGCUCAUUGAUGAUGGCAACCCUAGACACGAGUAUGGUGGCCAGUUCAUAACACUGGGUGAUAAGGGUUUCUCGUCUUUCUCCAUGAAGACACUCAAUUGGACACCAAUCUAG